GCAAAUUCUGAUUAUUCUGAAUCCCAAGCUACUAACUGGAUACAGGCGACAUCUUUUCGUAGUUAUGUUUUAGUGUGUGUUAUUGAUUCACUCGAGGAAACACGAUAAUUUCCUUCUGCGACCACAACGACAACGAGUUGCUAUCUUUUUCUUUCUCCAUACAUCGAACCGCUUUUCGAUCAUCAAAAUGAUCCAAAAAAACACGACCACAAGCUCCAGCGGCCCGGCGCAGGCACCCCAGCCUGCUGCUGCGAUCGCGGACAGUCCGAGUAGAAGCAAUACAACUAGCCGGUUCGUGCGGGAGGAGGACGUGGGAAUCAGUAGCUUUGUGAUGCACACCAGCAGGGAUGAAGAGAAACUCUCCAGUACAAGUGCUACUAUGCAAGACACUGAACUUUUACUUUUUCCGCAACCGCAGCAAGAACUGGUCUGCAGUUUCAAAAAGUACCACUACGACUUCCACGUGCACGAGAUUUCGCAAGACAACCACGAGGCCCGGUUGACGGAACUGCAUGACAAACUCAGCAUCCGAAACAUCGUCGAGGAGGAGAAAAAGGAGCUGAAGGAGAGGAAAGCGCGCUUCUUCGUCGAGUCGUUCCGGUUGUCAGAAGAGGAAAAGACGAAAAUCGGGCUUUUGGUGAAGGACGAAACUGUUUUGCGGAAGUUGGAACAGUUCCUGCAGGGAGAGCAAGUAGUUGAUCAUGACCGCAAGGAAAUAAUCACGAAGCAAGAGGACGAAGACUCGAUGGAUCUGGUCAAAAAUGAGGGUGCUGCAGCUUCACCAGUUCCUAGUGCGACGGCCAGAGCAGCAACGACCGCCUUUCUAGAUCUGGAAUUGAAAGCCACGACUACUGGGACCGCGACUCUGAAGGAAACGCGGAAAACUUUUCACGAGUUGAUCCGGCUCUUUUUCGCCGAUGCGCUGAGCUCGGAGUCCUCGGACCUGGGGCAGAGUUUCGUCCGCGUGUGGCGCAAGGACCUGGAGAAGCAGGGAAAACAGGCUCUGGAAGCCGCCAAGGAGCCCGCGCCGCUGAGUAAAAGACAGUUGAAGAAGUUGGAAAAAGGUGCGGGGAAGAAGGGAAACAAAGGGGCCGCGGGUAAGAAAGGAACUGCAACGAUAAUCAGUUCUAAUUCCGCACAGAUUAUCAGCAACAGCACUACGAGCUCGGGGGCUGCUGGCACAGUUACCGUGGUUUCUGAAGACCAACGAAGUACUGCCCACCCCCUUCUAGCAGCCACGUCUUCCUCCGCUUCCUUCCGCCGCGAGCCGUGGCCGCAGGACCGGCCGGACUACCUUUCGUUUCUGCUCUACAAGGAGAACAAGGAUACGGCCGAGGCGAUUCAGCAGAUCAGCCGCGCGAUGCACAUGGACCAGCGCCCCCGGAACGUGGACAAGUUCGGGUUCGCGGGCACGAAAGACCGCCGGGGCUGCACCACGCAGUUUUGCACCCUGUACCGCACGACCGAGUACCAAUUGCUGAAGUCGCUCUUCUCGCCCGCCUUCGACCGCAAGCAGGUGUUCAUCCAGCCGCUAGGGUACGUGAAAGACAAACUGCAGCUGGGAAUGCUGAAGGGCAACCGCUUCGACGUGCUGCUUCGGGACUUGGAACUGGUGAUGAAGAGUUCAACAUGUAAUGUUUCAGUCGCUCGAGCUGAGGAGAAUGACGUGAAAAAUGCCGCAGUCCUCGAGGAAUGCACCUCAUGCAAAAUAAGCAAGAAUGAUGAGACAGACGAUGUUGCCAUGAUUUCUCCAACGUCAACGGAUGCUGGCGGGGGUGCUGUAAUGGUACUACCGGACAAUUACGACGACGGCAACGAGAAAACAAAUCUGCGCGAGGACACAGCAGCAGUCCUAGUAGUGGGACUACAACGGGAAAAACAAAAUACGAGCGUAGAAGAGGGUACAACUGACCUUCAGGCCUUGAAAGCCUUCCUCACUGUUUCCUUUCAAAACCUUUCGACCAACGGCUUCCUGAACUACUUCGGGCUGCAGCGCUUCGGCACGGGAACAGUGCGGACGCACACGAUCGGCGCGUUCUUGCUGAGUGGCGAGUAUGAGAAAGCGAUGAUGCUGUUGCUCGGUGCUGGGAAGUUGGAGGCCGAAAAGGACGACCACACGGACGAGAAAAAUAAGGGACUAGUAGUGUCCACCGCGGCCGUUGGAGGCUCGGAAGAUUAUGCGGUAAAUGAAGUAACACUUGGUGAUGGGCCAGAGCCGAAGCGGCGCAAGAUUGAUGAAGAGGCAGUCUUGUUUCCCAUGAAGGACGAGCACGGGAGCAGCUGCAACAAAAGUGUUGAAGAACUUCUACCAGGGACGACGAAUAAUACCAAUUCUACCACGACUUAUAUCACUGCGGUGCGAGAAAAGCGUUGGAAGGACGCGCUGUUCGCGUUGAAAGAGAAUAACAACAGCCGAGGUUUCACCUCUUCACGCAUGCAUUUGGAAACCACUUUGCUGGAAGCGCUGUCUGGAUGCUACAGUAGUACCGCUUUGACAACUGUCGAUGAUGUUGGCGAAGGAGAAGCAGCAGUAGCGACGAAUAAAAGCGGCAAGGGAAAUAAGAAAGGCGGUUCUAAAAAGGGCAAGGGAAAGAUGAGUUCGAAGACAGCAAGCACCAUCACAACGAAGCCUCCCAUGACGGAUCCGCGAGCCGUCCUCGAGCAGCUUCCCCGCGAGAGCCUCUCGCUCUACUACCACGCAUUGCAAUCGUUCUGCUUCAACAAGGUUCUGUCGAGACGGGCGGAGAUUGUGAGAGGGAGGAACAAAGGUACAGGCCGCGCAGGUGCAGAAAUCGUAGCGGGGGAUUUGGUUCUGCUCACCCCGGUCGGCGGGAAUCAUAAAACUAGUACAACUGAUAAAACUACGACAGGCAAAAUGAGAACAGAGACAUCCAACGGAGGGGAUGAAGAAGAUGAGGAUCAAGCUACUAGCUCCAUUGUCCACACUGUUACGGAGGAAGAAGUUUUGCUGAAAACCUACACGGCAGAGGACGUCGUCCUCCCCCUACCUGGUUACGAGGUGCAGUACCCAGAGUACCUGCGGGGAGUCUACGACGAGGUGCUAUCGGAGCUGGGUGGGACCACGAACGCUGGAAUGGGAAGUGAUACGACGCUUGACCUUUCCUUGGCCUCUUUCGGGUCUUCUGUGGUCUCCUCGUCCUCUGGCGCAACGGUGAACGCGAAGCCGAAGAAGCCCCUGUUGCGCAACAUCCAACUGAAUGGCGCGUACCGGCACGUCAUCGUGAAGCCGAAGGAGGUCUCCUGGGAGUUGGUCAACACGACGACGAGAGAAGCUGCAAAGGGUGACGAAGAGGCCGGUCCUGCGGGCAGUGGCGAGACUAGGAGCUCCACUAAUUUCCUCGCGAACCGAUACGCAUUUUUGGCGGAAAAAGCGGAAAUCCAGUCUGAUCUGGACAAAAUUCUAGCGGAGAAAAAAGCUACGGAGCAGCUCCUGCCAACCUGCCAAAACAAUGACGGGGGACCCACUGCAGCUGCGGAUGGUGUUUUUGUUGAGAAAACAAGUGCGCAAGAAGUCGUGAAAGUAGCUGCGGAUGCUGUUGGUCUGCCUCUGCCCUCUAUUACUAGCCAGCAGCAGGACGAUCAUAACCGCACCGAGGACGAUGCGAACAAAAAUCAAGCGAAAGGACCAACCCAAGCAGGCACAAAUCUCGGGAAAAACAAGGGCGGGAAAAACAAUCUUGGCUCUUAUGCGGUGAAGUUCAGCUGCAUCCUUCCCACGUCUGCGUACCUCACCAUGGCGCUGAGGGAAAUCACGCAAAGACCCGUGGAACGAGCGUAAGGUGGUUUUCGAAGAAAAACGAAAAUACCCUUUGCACGACCAAACAGAACGUCAGAAGGCCGCAAUUCGCAUGGUAUUUCGACGUUUCUUCCUUUCAAGCCAAAAAAAUGAAACUACAUCCG